AUGCAUUAUCUUAAGUCAGGUGUCUGCGGUACAGCCGCUGAGGUGAUUAAAAGUUUCUCAAUUACUUCAGAUAAUUACCAAGCCGCUUAUGAUGAAUUAGUAAAGCAAUAUGAAAACAAGGCGUUAACUAUCCAAGUUCAUAUUCGUGCAUUAUUGAAUUCGCCAAAGGUACAUACUAAUUGUGCUGCUGAAUUAAAUAAAUUACAUUAUCAUGUUAAUUCUCAUGUUCGCUCUCUCAUCGCUUUAAAGCAACCUGUACAACAUUGGGAUGCCUGGUUGACAACAAUUGUUUGUUGUCAUCUAGAUCCAACUACUGCUGGUGAGUGGCAGCUGCUACAAACCAGCAAGGAGCUCCCUGCAUUUAAAGAUAUUGAGUCGUUUCUGUCUAAACGCAUAGCUGCCUAUGAAGUCGGUUAUAUUUCAUCAAAGUCUGAUACAAAACAAGCCACUGGAAAGCAAAAUCAGUAUGGAGCCAAAAAACAUGAUGUCGUCAAGGCAUUUUUUGCCAAAAAAGCUGAACCUCAUACUAUCAAGUGUGUGUUGUGUACAGCGCCACAUAGAAUUUAUGCAUGCAACCAAUUCAAUCAAAUGUCAGUAUCUGAGCGUAAGGAUAUUGUAACCAAAUUUAAAUUAUGUUUCAACUGUUUGAACUUCGGACAUCAAGUUGAAUCUUGUUAUUAUCCUGGAUGUCCACGUUGUGGCAAAAAACAUAAUUCAAGACUACAUGCUGACUCGAGCCAUAUAUCAGAACCAGAGAGCUCUACGCAAACUGAGACACAGAAAACCAGUCAACAUAAUACAGUAUGCCAUGCGAUGACCAGUAAUAAGCAUGCGUCAAGUACCACGUCCACUGUGAUGCUUGCUACUGCUGUAAUAAAUGUUCAUGACUCUGAUGGGCAACCUCAACGCUGUAGAGCCAUCUUGGAUUCUGGAUCUCAACUUAAUUUCAUAACGUCAUCUUGUGCUCAACGCUUGCGUUUAAAGAAGACUAAUAUUUCAUUGUCAAUAUCUGGUGUUGGUACUAUGUCUUCUUCCACUGUGCGUUUAAUGCCAUGCACUAUAUCAUCGCAUUGUCAAAACUAUCAAUCCUCGAUUGAAUUUCAUUCAUUGCCAACGAUAACAGAAAGACUUCCCCAUCAAAUGUUCAGCAUGGAUCAAUUGAACAUACCUUAUGAUGUCAAGGGCAAUCUAGCUGAUCCUCAACUCAACGUACCAGCUGCUGUUGACAUAUUAUUUGGCGCUGAGCUAUUUUAUGAUAUUUUCCUGGGUGCACGUAAACAGCUGUCCAAGCAUAUUAGUGUACACAAUACAAAACUUGGUUGGAUACUUGUUGGUAAAUUAUUUGAGAAGUCAUUAGUCAAGUCAAAAAUGACUAUGCUAUCUACCCCUGUAUCUGUCAAUUCUGCUUUAAGUCUAUUUACCUCAACAACAAAUGCUCAAUUCAUUGAAGAAGCUCAAGCGGAGAAGCACUUUUCAUCAACU